CCCCAAACAAGUGAUGGCCUCUACUAGAGGAAUCGAUUCAGUCAAGCAAGAAAAUUUUGAGGCAAAGAGCAAAGAGAGGUUGUUGUCUCGGAAAGGGUACUCUGAAUUCGGGUUCAACAACUCCCAAUACGAGGAUGAUGAAGGCGGCAGUAGUUCCGAUGUCAAGUGUGGGUGUUUCCGAUCACUUUCCGAUAGGAUCGUCGGAUUUUGCAAUGGGGUCCCUCGAGUUUUCGCCGAUCUUUACAAAAUGGGGAGUACGGAUCCGAGGAAGGUGUUCUUCGCGAUUAAAAUGGGUCUCCCUCUGGCCACGGUUUCCAUGCUGAUGAUCCUGAGAAGACACUUGAACGAUGUCAGCCAGUAUUCCAUAUGGGCGAUUAUCACCGUCGUAGUGGUCUUUGAGUUCACUGUAGGCGGCACAUUGAGCAAAGGAUUGAACCGUGGCCUUGGCACAUUUUCAGCCGGGGCGCUUGCCCUAGGAAAUGCAGAGCUGUCUGUGUAUUUCGGCAAGUAUCAGGAAGCACCACCAAAAAAGAGACAGGUCUUCGCCAGCGAGCUACAAAGAGUAGGAAACGAAGGAGCCAAAGUACUCCACGAACUCGGAACCAAACUAGAGAAAAUGGAGAAGCUGAGCCCAGGAGUAGACCUACUACUCCCAGUCCGCGAGGCAGCAGAAGAACUCCAAACCAAAGUAGACCUCAAAUCCUACCUUUUGGUCAACUCAGAAAGCUGGGCAGCAAGCGGGAAACAACCCAAGAAAUUCGAGAACCAGCAUCAAGAUCAUGCAAAAGAUGACAACACCAACAUUAUUGCGAGCAGGAGCAGCAGCCUGCGCGAAUGGACGUCGUUGUCGUCGGAGAGCAUCCAGCAGCCGCCGUUGUCGUGGCCGAGAGUUUUUUUUGUGGGCGGGCCGGCGCCUGUUUUGGAGCAGGAUUCGAAGGUGUACGAGAGUGCUAGCUCGCUGUCUCUGGCAACGUUUUCUUCUUUGUUGAUUGAGUUUGUGGCCAGGCUUCAGGAGCUUGGUGAGAAGGCGAGGUUCAAAGAAGAGCAGUUUGGUGGGAAUGUGGCAGAUCCUGGAUUCUGGACUAGGCUUAAAAGAUGCUUUCAUGUUUAAGUAGUUUCACUGAUAAUGGUAGUGUUUAAAAGAGUUGCU